AUGCUCAAAUUUCCUCAAUUUUUCCUCUUAUUAUUGCCUUUAUUGCUGAGCAAUCGGGUCCUGGCGGCGGCUAAAAACAGCAACAAUGUGUACUCGAUCGAUGAUAAUCUCGUUUUUGAAAAUCCCAGUCAAAAUGGACAGGAGGUCUUUGAGAAAAUGGCUAUCGAUCCAUCAACAACACGGGUAUUCGUCGGCGCGGUCAAUGGUCUCUACGAUUUGACGAGUGACGAUUUGACGGUCCGUCGACACGUACAAACGGGUCCACAAGACGAUUCGCCACUUUGUAGAGAUGCUCGAAACCGUGAAGACUGUCGCCAUCAACUGUCUCGAACGAAUUCCCACACGAAAGCCCUCGCCGUCUAUGAUAAAUCAUCGAAACUGAUAGAGUGCAGUAAUUUGUAUCAGGGUCGCUGCCGUCUCAGAAACCUGCACAACAUCUCUGAAGUCAUCUCGGAAGCCAUCGAACCACGCGUCUCCAAUGACACGUCAUCAUCUGUGGUCAUUUUUGUGGGUCAAGGACCUGCGAAUCUAACCACGGACCCGGUACUGUAUGUUGGUGCGACUAUUGGCAGUGGGGAUCACGAUCGAAUGUCGGUGUCUUCACUAUUCCUCCGACCACAAAAAGCGUUUGAAAUUGUAUUUCCCGGGUUAUACGGUGGUACGCACGUCUCGCUGGACUACCGUAGUAGAGGAUAUUAUAAGUAUCAAAUCGACUAUAUCAAUGGAUUCGAGUCGGGUGACUAUGCGUAUUUUGUGACCAGACAGCGCAAAACGAUACACGACGAUUCGCCGAUUCAAUCGCGGCUGGCUCGUGUGUGUACGGGUGAUAAGAACUAUCACAGCUACACAGAGGUCCCACUGGAAUGCACACGAAACGGAGUUGACUUCAAUUUGGUCCAGGAUGUCUAUGUCACACGGGCCGGAUAUGAAUUGGCGAAAUCGCUGGAUAUAAGUGUCAGCGAUCCGGUCCUCUAUGGAAUAUUCUGGGAAGGAGACAAGAAUUCGUAUAGAUCAGCGGAUGCGACCGGCAAAUCAGCGAUUUGUAUAUUCACGAUGAAGGAAGUCGAGUUGGCAUUCAAACAGAAUAUCAUGAAAUGCUAUAAGGGAACUUCUGGACUCAAAAAGAAUCUUCCAUGGUUCUCCUCGAAUGACGAUUGUCGAUUUACGACACUUCCAUGGGAAGGUAUCAAGUGUGGAAAGGAUGUGAACUCGAAAAUCGGCGGCGACACUCCGAUUGCCACGUCAGCAACGUAUGUAACUGAUGACUCUGCCCAAUUGCUCACCUCAAUCGCUAUCAAUACAACCCGAUCGAGUACGGUAGCUUUUGUAGGAACUCAAGGCGGCAAAUUACAUAAGCUCCUCAUCGAGUCGAAAAGAUCCGCCGAGAGGUACGCAACCGAGCUGCUCACUGAUAACGAGCCAAUUCUGGCGGAUAUGGAAUUCUCUGGCGACGGAAAGCACAUUUACAUUUUGACGCCGUCGAAAGUGAUCAAAAUGCCAACAUCUCGCUGUGAGACCCUUUCCAGUCAAUGCGACACGUGUCUUUCGUCUCGAGACCCAUUUUGUGGGUGGUGUGUCUCGAAUAAUCAUUGUACGCAAGAAGAAUCGUGUGAAAGAGAAGUGCCACACACCUCCCGAGGAUGGCUUGAUUUUCAGAACUCCAAGUGCCCGAGAAUUCGAUCAGUGAAACCGGAUCAGAUACAAAUCAACACUGCGGACUACUUAAAUGUGACUAUUGAGAAUCUUCAAGCACCAAAAGGACGUCGAAUGCAGUGUCUAUUCCAAUUUCCAACAGGAGAUUCAGUGGUUUCCGAUCCGAUGCCGUUUGAUGGAUCCCUGAAAUGUGCCACGCCCCCUAUGAAUCGUCUACCACGAAUAGCGACGAAUGAAUAUCACUUAGCAGCGAAAUUGGUUGUGGUAUCGGAUGGUUCCAAACUCCCACUGGCCACCACAAAUUUUUCAUUCUACGAUUGUAAUCGAUACACGAGUUGCUCGACGUGCUCGGCGAGCCAAUUUCCAUGUGAUUGGUGUCUGGAAUCGAAUGAGUGUGUUGCCGGGAAACUAACCGAAGACAAGUGUCGAAAACAACACAUUGUUAAUGGUCUUAAUGUGAGUUUACGUGACGGAAGCUCGAUUCGAAAAGGACCCAGCAAGUGUCCCCAUAUCGUAGCGCCCGUGUCGAAAAUGUCGGUGGCGACGGGAGAACGAAGGAAUAUUAGUGUGAAGGUCGAAAAUGUGGACCCGUCGUUUAUGGGCGAUUUCAAGUGUGAAUUCCGAUAUGGUACAGUAACCCAUGAGAAAAUUGCGAUGCGAACGUCGGAAGAUACGAUAACGUGUGACGAAAUGCUAUUCGAACCAUAUGGCACAUCUCUUCUGGGCUCUGGCUCCACCCCUUACGGCUUCAAUGUCAUUUGGACGGCUCUCGGAGCACCACAGGUCAAAAAAUCGAUAAAUCGAUUUUUGGACAAUGUCGAUCAGCUAUCGAUUGACGUUUAUUCUUGCGAAAAUUUGGCGCCAAACUGUGGAAAAUGCCUGACACUGGAUUCCGAGAAAUAUGAUUGUGGAUGGUGUAGCCAUCUGGACAAGUGCACACGUCCCCAUCAGUGUCCGAAUCGAAAUUUGGCUGAAAAUUGGUUGAAUUCCAGUCAACUGUGUCCGAAUCCCCAAAUUGAGGACUUUAAACCACGAAAAGGGUCGAUUUUCGGAGGCACUCGAGUCACAAUAACUGGAAUUAAUUUGGGUCGCCACGUGGCAGAUGUUGAGAAAGCGGUACAGAUUGCAAAUGUUCCUUGUGAAGUUGUUGAAUACGUGCCAUCAUCGAAAAUUGUGUGCUUAACCGGAAAGUCGACGAUCAAGGGCAGCAAUGAGAGAGGUGUUGUGGCGGUGACUCUUCGCCACGAUUCACUGAAAUUCUUUGCGGUCACAUCUGAAAAGUUUUCGUACGUCGAGCCAGUCGUCUCAUCAAUGAAACCAGUGAAGGGACCACGGUCCGGCGGGACAGACGUCGUUUUGACUGGAAUUGACCUGGAUACAGGAUCCGAGAUUAUGGUAAAAUUUGGGCAAAUUGAGUGUAAAGUGUUGGAGAGGACGUCGGAAUGGCUGAAAUGUCGGAUGGGACCAUCGGAAGAGGGUGGACAGUUCCCCUUGCAUAUUGCCUUCGAUGGACAACUCCAGAAUUUGCCAAUUGCAAUUUAUUUCGAGUUUACCUCCGAUCCAUCUGUCCAAUCGAUUGCGCCCAACAAAACAAUACCAUCCGGUGGGAUUACUGUAGAUGUGUACGGUCAAGGAUUCACGCUGCUUCAGCGGCCACGAAUGGUGUUUGUUGGAUUGGGAAACGACAAGUCAUACGGCCCCCUAUGCUCAAUUAUCGAUGAUCAAUUGAUGAAAUGUGCCACACCUACAGUACCCGGAGCCGCUAGAGACACUCAAGUAGAGAAGAUCACAGAUUACGCGUUUGAUUUCGAUGGAGCCGAGUUGUAUAGAUCGAAGAUCAAGAUUAUGCCCCCUCCAUCGUUUGAAAUGCUCAACGAGCCCCGUUUUGUGCGUCCAGGAGACGAUUUUUUGACGCUAAAUGGGAAUAAUUUGAAUUUGGCGGCUUCCGAGAGGGAUAUCGAUGUAAAAGUGGGCGGAGAAUCGUGUCCCCUGACAGCUCUGGCUAAUAAGAUCCUCACAUGUCAACCGCCAGUCAAAAAACCCCAAGGAGCCGGAAAGCUGAACCCAGAGAUUGUGGUUACUGUAGGAAAUGCGAGCUUCUCAGUGGGCGAGGUGUCUUACGACUCGCCGGGACUCUCAUCCUCUCUUCUGUUGGCGAUAUUGAUUUUUAUCAUUGCAAUGAUUGGGCUAAUUAUCUGCCUAAUUGUGCUCUAUCGCCGGAAAUCGAAUACGCAUCAGAGGCAGAUGAAGUACUUGAAAACGCAAAUGGAUACCAUUGAGAUGAAAGUUGCCACCGAGUGUAAAGAAGCAUUCGCCGAACUACAAACAUCGCUGAAUCAAUACACUGCUGAUCUACCGUUGGGCACCCCGACCGCCCCAUUUUUGGAGUACAAGGACUACUGUGCACGUGUCCUAUUCCCGAAUGGUGGUAAAAAUCAUCCGGUGCUCAAAAAUCUGGAAGUGGACACACAUAAGGCUGAGGUGACGGGACUUCGAGAAUUCCACAAGCUGCUCAUGAACAAGACCUUCCUGCUGACAAUGGUCCGUACCAUGGAAUCCAACAAGUAUUUCGUCGGAAAAGACCGUGUCUACGUGGGAAGUCUUCUGAUGGUCGUCCUACAGGAGAAAAUGGGUUACUGUACCGAAAUGCUGAAGCAGCUGCUUAGAGAGUUGAUUGAGAAGACUGUCGAGAAGAAGUUCCAACCGAAAAUUUUGUUUCGAAGGAGCGAAAGUAUUGCCGAGCGGAUGCUGGCCGCGUGGUUCACUUUUUUGUUGCAUGAUCAUUUGAAAACAUUCGACGCUGGCAAAAAGCUGUACGAACUAUUCUGGGGAAUCAAACAACAAAUGGAGAAGGGACCACAGGAUGCGUUGACCCUUGAAGCCAGAUACUCGUUGUCCGAGGAGAAAUUGCUCCGUGCCACUUUUGAAUACAAGGAGCUGACGGUUUUUGUGAAUUCCACUGAUUCAGUCUAUCAGCAGGACAUUCCCGUGCGAGUGCUGGAUUGUGAUACGAUAACACAAGUCAAGGAGAAAUGUCUGGAUUCCAAAUAUCGUGGAUAUCGAUUCGCGGAUCGACCCGGACCAUCGGAAAUGGAGUUGGAGUGGAAAACCGGCUUGAACGGCAAAAUGACACUUCAGGACAUUGACUCGUCGUCUCGAAUCGAAGGUGGAAAUUGGAAACGCCUAAACACGCUGGCCCACUACAAUGUCCCAAAUAACGCCAUCCUCACACUGACCUCGAAAAGCAACUCUCUGUAUAAUCUGGUGAAUUUUUCAACGUGCUCCAACAAGACCACGAGCAUUCUCUCGGACAAAUCAUCACUAUCAAUGAAGACAGCAGGUGUGGGAUCACCAAAACCAUGGGGCGGAGCCCCACCAUCAGUGACUGCCGACCACGCCUCCUCGUCAAAUGAUACUGAUAACGGAUACAAACUAUAUCACCUGGUGAAGCCCACAGAACACGGACCAACAGAUUCUCAAGAGAAAAUGGUGACGGAAAUCUAUUUGACGAGAUUGCUCAUGAUGAAAGGAACACUAGCCAAAUUUAUCACUUCCCUACUGGAAAAUAUCUUUUCGGCGGCAAAUGUGCCCCCGUGUAUCAAGUAUAUGUUUGACUUUAUGGAUGAACAAGCCAGAGAACACGGUAUCAUAGACCCGGAAGUUGUUCACGCGUGGAAGAGUAACGCAUUGCCGCUGAGGUUUUGGGUUAAUCUCAUUAAGAAUCCUCACUUCCUGUUCGACAUUCAAAAGCCCACUAAAAUCGAGGGAUGUCUUUCUGUGGUUGCUCAGACGCUGAUGGACGCUUGUUCGACACAAGAUCAUCAGCUAACGAAGGAUUCUCCAUCGUCAAAGCUGCUAUUCGCCAAAGAUAUGUAUCAAUAUCGGGAUUUGGUGGAUUCCUACUAUACGGAAAUCUCAAUGGCUCCACGAAUCGACGACGCGACGAUGGGAGCAAAUCUAUCGGCUGAAUCCCGGCAACACAAUGGAGAGUUUCAUGUGUUUUCGGCGCUCAACGAGCUGUAUAAAUAUUUGGACCAGUAUAAGGAGAGCAUUAUUGAUGCCCUGGAAGCCAAUGAGCACGCACAGGCUAGUCGGUUGCCCGGAAGGUUACAAGAUCUCUUGGCACUGAUGGAAUCGGACUACUAUCGGGCGACAGACUACGAAUCAUCUACGCUGGGCCUUGGAUACAAUUCGAAUAGUCGACUGAUGCCUAGGGAUCGUCUCUGA